AUGAAAUUUCAUGCACGUGACCAACAAAGAGGAGCUUGGCUGACCCUCUUAAUCACUAGUCUACUGCUUUUAACUUCGUUAACUCGAGCUCAGACAAAUUAUGCAUUAAAACCCCCACAAAUCCCUGGAAUACCACAGGAACUAAGUAACAAUUCUUAUCCUAACUCAGAAUAUGCGAGGCUGUUAGCCUAUUCUUUAUAUUUUUACGAAGCGGAGAGAAGUGGAAAACUACCUGCAGAUAACAGGGUAUCAUGGAGGCAUGAUUCAGCGUUAAGCGAUGGUCAAGAUGUCGGCCUCGAUUUAAGUAAAUUUACUUUUCCACUAUCAUGGACCAUCACAGUUAUUGCCUGGGGUGCAUUAGAGUGGGGUAAAGGUUAUGAAUUAGCAAAUCAGACCCAAUAUUUGAGAGAUAUGGUAAAAUGGGGAACUGAUUGGUUAAUAAAUGCUAGUUCAAAUACGAGCAAUACAAGUUCAAAUAUAAGCAAUACAAUAGAUCAAUAUUUAUAUGUGAUGAUUGGUGACAUUGAUUCAGAUCUUAGCUAUUGGGGACCUGAUACAAAUAUUCCUACUUCACGUCCAUCACUAAAGGUUAGCUCCUCUGCUCAUGGUACCGACGUUUCAGGCGAGACGGCUGCGGCAAUGGCUGCGUCGUCUUUAUUAUUUCGUAAUCAGUUUAAUGAUUCUGAAUACGCCAAUACACUUUUAACAUACGCAAAAAGUUUAUAUUCUUUUGCCGAACAGACACCUUUCACGCUAUAUCAGAAUUCGGUUCCCCAAGUUAAAAGUGCAUAUGCUUCGUCAAAUUAUUCUGACGAAUUGGUCUGGGGUGCCCUUUGGUUAUAUAAAGCGACAAAUGACACUAGCUAUCUUGACAAAGCCGUUAAUUAUUUCAACAUUAAUUCAAUGAGUGGUUCAAAGAAAGUGUUUAAUUGGGAUGAAAAAUCUGGUGGGUGCUAUGUGUUGUUUGCACAAUUGUUUCAACAAUCAGGUCAGGAUUCAAGUAGAUGGAAAUCUGAGGCAGAACGAUAUUUGGAUGGUGUUGUAAAGCAAACUAGUGGUUGUACAUUAACCAAUGGCGGUCUUUAUUGGUGCGACGGAGACAGCAAUUCUGCAUCUUUAAACCCAUCUCUUGAUGCUGCUUUCCUGUGCUUAAUUUAUGCACCGAUUGCUUCUUCAUCCGAUAAGGCUCAAACAUAUGUAAAGUUUGCUUUGUCACAGAUUGAUUAUGCUCUUGGUAAAAAUCCCAUGAACACGCCGUAUGUUGUUGGUGUUCAUCCAAAUUCACCACAGAAUCCUCAUCAUGCUGGUGCACAUGGUGGAACUGAUGUAUCUAAUUUGAAUAAUCCGCCUCAAACCCAGCAUGUUUUAUAUGGUGCACUUGUGGGUGGCCCAGAUAAGAAUGAUCAGUUUAGUGAUUCAAGAACUGAUUAUGCUCAAACGGAGGUUGCAAUGGAUUAUAAUGCACCAUUUCAAAGUUUAAUGGCGUAUCAAAUGAUCAAUUCCCACAGUGAUCCAUAUUAU